AGCCGGUCCAUUUGUGCCGCCCUACCCCCAUUUAGGGUUGCUAUCCCCUCUCUCUCUCUCUAACUCGUCGAUUUCAUUCUCUUCCCUCUUUCUCUCUCUAGAACCAGCAAAAGCAACCCGCAAAGAUGCAUGUUCAAAUCAAAUCCUUCUGCAUUUCUUUCACUGCAACCACACCCUCCUCCGUCUGAUUUAACCCCCAACACCUUUCACGCCGACUAUCCAUCUUUCCACCCUACAUUGGCGCCACAGGCGAAUUACCAUGCCAGGAAUGUUCCCAACCCGGAAGGUGACGCCCACAUUACAAGCUUACACACGUCCUUCCUCUCCUCCCUCGUGAUUUGUAUGACGAUUUCUCAUAUCCCUGUAUACAGAUUCCAAUAAGGUUGUAUAUAUAGCUUUUUAUCAUGUCUGAUUUGGUCGCACGGACGGGUCGGCUUCAGCAGCGUUACGAGGCUGGCUAUCGUCUCCUCGCUGGGUGUAUCCCUUAUAAAUAUAGAGAUUCUGGAGAAGAAAUUGAUGACAUCAACACAGAGCCGACAGUUGAAGUGCUUAUGAUAAACUCAAAUAGUGGACCGGGGCUUUUAUUUCCAAAGGGAGGAUGGGAGACUGAUGAAACUGUUGAAGAGGCUGCAGCAAGAGAAGCUUUAGAAGAAGCUGGAGUUAGAGGUGACAUAAUGGGGUUCUUAGGGAAAUACGAGUUCAAGAGCAAAACCCUAAGAGACGAGUUUAGCCCAGAAGGAUUAUGUAGAGCGUCGGUAUUCGCUUUGCUGGUGAAGGAAGAACUGGAUUGCUGGCCCGAAAAGAGUACUCGACAUAGAACUUGGCUAACAUUACCAGAUGCUAUAAAGAACUGUAGACAUGCCUGGAUGAGAGAGGCUCUUGUGGAGGGUUUUUCCAAGUGGAAACAAUGAAAGAGCACACAGUCUGGACGGUAUCUUCUAUAAACAGUUUGUUUCUUCUUUCUACAUUUUCCAACUUUUCUGGAUUAGUUUUUUAUUAUGAGAAAGGAAUGCUAGCUAGUAGAUAAGUUUUUUUUAACUCCUUUUGAGGCAAACAAAACAUUACUCAGAUAAUUGGGCUUCAUCAUUUUGCAAACAUGUGUUGAUGAAAUGACUUAAUGCUACCCAUGUGGAUGGUGGUAAUACAUGGGAUGGCGCCUUUUUGGUAUCACAUUUUUGUUGUGAUCGAGAUUAUGAUUCGGAAAAUUCUAGUUUGGGAUGUUUGUUAAACACUUACUGGUUAAAAAAAUAAUAAUAUGGAUCAUGCUCCAGAUAUACUUGCCA